AAACCGUAAGCUCAGUAUAAACCUCAGACCCAGGACUUAGGUAUAGGAGUCAGGAAAGAAUAAGCCAAGGUAUAAUAAGAAGCGUUCAGAGCUGAGAGUUCUGGAGAUUAUUAUAAUUGGUAUUGUGCAGAGGAAGAAAUCUCACAGUUGGUAGCGUCUCGCAAGGUUGAGGAUUACUGGAGCUAUGUCUGGAGGAUACGGAAUCCCAGAGGUCGACAUGGACUCGGAAGCAAACUUCGUCAGGUUGGGCGAACACAUGCGUAUCAAGGAGUUCCAUGGAAACAUCAAUGCAGAAGAAGUGUUAACUUACAUUGAUGCAGUCACAGCACAAUGCUCCGUCAUGGGUGCUGUCACUGGGAUUACCUGGCUGAAGGUAUUCGAAAUGCACUUGCAGGACACAGCCAGAAGAUGGUACACGAAGUACAAGAUCGGUCAAGAAGCAGCAAACCAGCUGUCAGUGGAACAGACUGUCGCCGACUUCAAGAGCAGAUUCCUGCCAACCGGAUACCAAGAGAUCGCCACAGAAAAGAUCAUAGCGCUGAAACAAAGCGGACCGGUUAGCGUAUACUGCGAUCGCUUUGAGCAACUAAGAGAACUGUUGCCAAGACCACUUCAAACCGAAGGAACCCUGCAGAUACUUUUCAUAAGAGGGUUAGACCCGGCCAUCAGAACAACGGUCAGAAACCAAAGACCGGUGGACCUGACUGACUGCUAUCGCCAUGCACAAUGGGCAGAUGAGCAGAGAGAGCCAGACUACCGCAGAAGGGGUUUCGGUGGAAGCCGCCAGCGUAACGGACGCCCAUUACCAGGCAAGCGCGCACCUUUGGUCACACGCGAGCUAGAGUACGAGGAUAGAAUGGACCUGGAUGCCAUGGCCGCAGAACCUCAUAGAAACAACAGGAGAACCACCACGGGAAACUCCCAAGGGUGCUUCCUGUGUGGAGAGAAAGGCCACUUCAAGCGCGACUGUCCUCAAAACGGGAGGACUACCUCAAGAAAACAAUAGAAUCGUCCUAGCAGCGAUUGAAGUGAAAACAGAAAACCCCGAAAAACAAAAAAACAAUACAAAAUCCGAAAAAACACAAAAACAAUUCAAAACAACAGAAAAACCAAAAAACAAUACGAAGAAAGAAGACUACUCGACGGAACCAAGACUACUGAAGGUACCUGUCGCAGCACAAUCUAUCAUACUCAAUGCAACAUACAACAAUGUGACAAUAUCAGCACAUGUUGAUUCGGGAGGUCAUUGUAACUUUGUCUCCGCCGACU